GCACUCCUCUGUAAUCGCGGUGUACGGCAGCCCCAGCACGGCUCCGCUGUGGCACAGCCAUUCCCACGGCGCCCUGAGCCGUCCCCAUGGCAUAGCACUGGUGGCACGGGAUGGAGGGGACACAGGGACCCUCCCCAGCAGCAGCACAGCAGCAUCCCCUUAACUGCUGACCACCUCGGUCCCUACCAGGGCAGAGGUUUUUGGGGUGUCCCCAAAACAAGUGUGACAAGGACAGGGCGAGCAGCCCCACCACUGCUGUGUAUGGAUGCAGGGACGUCCCUCGGGGACCCCACAGCCACCCAUUUUGGGGACCUGGAGCAGGGCAGUGUCACCAACCCUGACGCACUCUUUCCACCCAUCCAUGGGGACAGGGUGACUCCAGCAGCGGGCAGCCCAUCCCCACCCUCACACCCGUCACACCAGCUCACGGGGCAGGAAUUGCCUUCCUGCGCUCCAUCCGGUCCGUCCCCAUCCCGGGGGGACGGGGGGACGGGGACAGCCCUUCCGCUGAGCCCCACGUCAGGGGACCGAGAUGGGAAACCGCUGGGGUGAGUCAGGCUCGGAAGGGACGGGGACAAAUUGGGGGUGAGUCAGCGCCCCAAAGCCAGGCGGGCUGUGACUCGUCACCCCUGGAAUUCGGGGUGCCAGGAUGGGGUGAGGAGGGAGCGGACGCUGCAUGGCCCCGGGAGGGGACAUGUGGGGAGUGGUGGCCUCAGGGUCCCCAAUGCUAUCAGGACGAGUGAGCAUCGCAGGGACUGCAGGUCCUGGGGUGAAAGCUUGGGGUUGGAUGUAGGGUCGGUGCCCACCACCACAUCCUGGUGCUGUCCCAGCCUGUCCUGCUCCGCCAGGGAGGGUCACUGCGGGCUGUGACACCGUCCCAAACUCAUCGCCCACCCCAUCCACCGAGGUGAUGGGACAAGGCCACCAGACCACGUGCCACCGCCACGUCCCCAACCACGGCACAGCGCACACCCAGCAGCUUCUCCUCUCCCAGACUCCAGGGAUGGAAAAGCCUCUUCCAAGCUCCAGCAAUGGAUCGGAGAGACAAGAUCAAGCCCAGCCCCGGCACCAGCAACUGGAGCAACUGGUUUAGCUGGGUCAAAGUGGAGCACGGGAGUCGCAGAGGCUGAAACCUGUUCCAGGCUGUGUGUAAACCUCCUGGCACGUCCCUGGCUGCUCCCAGUUUGGUAAGAGAUGUUCUGGGGAGCUGCCAGUGAGGACAGGCCGGGUGGCACCGCUGCGGUCCCAUUCCUUGGACAGACCCCCUUCCGAUGUGAUUUAGGGUCGUGGCUCCAGCCCAUCCCACCGCUCAGGGAACAGCCGAGCAUUCCCUGCUCUCGGGAAGGUUUGGGGUUUGAGAAAAGUGGGGCAGAGCCCAACUGAGCUCGGCGCAGUGAUGGGAGCUGUACGGCCACCACCUGGCUCCCAUCACCCACCCGCGCCAAAGAGCUGCAGGGAUGGGGGUUAUUUUUACACCCGGGGAAAUCCUGCAGCAGCUGUGCAGGCGAUGCAGGGCCAGGGCCAGGCAGUCCCGGAAGGGGCGGCCGCAUUCUGCCCACUGCUGAGACGGGGACGGAGGUGCCACCGCCGCCAACCCCCCCACACCGACCUGCCACCCGGAGCCAUGGCAUCGCAGCUGGAAGGAGCCAUGGAGACCCUCAUCAACGUCUUCCACCACUACUCGGGCAAAGAGGGGGAUAAGUACAAGCUGAGCAAGAAGGAGCUGAAGGAGCUGCUGCAGAGCGAGCUGGGCUGCUUCCUGGAGACCCAGAAGGACACGGGGGCUGUGGAGAAGAUCAUGCAGGAUCUGGACGAGAACGGCGACGGGGAGGUGGACUUCCAGGAGUACGUGGUUCUGGUGGCUGCCCUCACCGUGGCCUGCAACACUUUCUUCUGGGAGAACGCCUGAGCCGGGCUCCAGCCCCACAGCACCCAACCACGGCACCCCCAAAAGCAGAACCCCCCCCCUCCCCCCACGCCCCCCCUGCCC